AUGUCUGGAGUGACAGCUCGGCUAUCCGGCCUACUGAGCCAAUUGUCUGGUUCGCCGACGCAAACCGCAUUCGAGCAUCGCAUCAAUCACCACGCACUUUCACCAACAUUCUUCCUGCCUCGAGCAGCAGCAAUUGAGCCCAAUGCCGAGGCAAUCUACCACAUCACUGCGAACAAUAAGACCCUGCGCCGAAGCUAUAGCGAGGCUGCGGACCGUGCCCGAGGAUUAGCCUAUUACCUCAAAAAGAAUGGAUUCCGCCGAGUCGGCAUACUUUGCCCUAAUACGCCGGCCUUUUUGGAAUCCAUAUUCGGAAUCGCCGCGGCCGGGGCUGUCAACCUAGCUGUCAACUAUCGUCUGAAAGAAGAGGACAUUGCCUAUAUCUUCGACCACGGUGACGCGGACGUCAUCAUCGUGGACCAAGAGUUCUUGCCUCUGCUCGGCCUGUACCGAGCGCAACACCCCAAGAUUCCAAUCAUCGUGGACACUGACACCGACGCCACCGAGGGUGAGCUGACGGGUCCUUUUGAUAAUGCCGUGCUCGAGGGCUUGAGGUACGAUACAGAGCUUGGCUCCCACGGAUGGGAUGGCCUCGAGGCUCAAGCGGCCGACGAAGAGUCCUUGAUUGCACUGGCCUAUACUAGCGGUACAACUGCCAGACCAAAAGGUGUGGAAUAUACUCACCGUGGCUGCUACUUGGCGGCGCUGGCGAAUGUCAUAGAGUCGGGGUUGAAUUCGGACCGAGGCCGGGCCAAGUACCUUUGGACAUUGCCAAUGUUUCAUGCAAUGGGAUGGACGUUUCCAUGGGCCGUUACGGCUGUUCGUGGCACCCACUACUGCUUGCGCAAGAUCGACUACCCGGAAAUUUGGCGUUUGCUGAAGCAAGAACAUAUCACCCAUUUCAAUGCGGCACCGACUGUGAAUACAUUGUUGUGCAACGCCAAGGAGGCCGAACGACUACCCGAACCUGUCCGUGUCACUGUGGCAGCAAGCCCCCCCACGCCUCACCUUUUCGAGCAGAUGACGGACUUGAAUCUCCAUCCAGUCCACGUCUAUGGAAUGACAGAGACGUACGGCCCAAUCACAAAGGGGUAUCACUUACCCGAGUGGAAUUCCAUUCCGCUCAAGGAGAAAUAUCAGAAAAUGGCUCGGCAAGGCCAUGGCUUCAUUACUAGUCUGCCUGUCAGGGUGAUUCGUACCGAGGUCCCCGAAGGAGCUGUUGAAGAGGUGAAGCGUGAUGGCAAAGAAAUCGGCGAAAUAGUGUUCUACGGCAACAUUUGUUCAAGAGGAUAUUACAAGGACCCAGAGGCAACCCGCAAGCUUUUUGCCGGCGGAGUACUUCAUUCAGGUGAUCUCGCUGUCUGGCAUCCCGAUGGCGCAAUUCAGAUUCUUGAUCGCUCGAAAGACAUCAUUAUCAGUGGCGGCGAGAAUAUUUCCUCAGUCGCUCUAGAAUCGAUGCUCGCAACGCAUCCUGAUAUUUUGGAAGCUGGCGUGGUUUCUGUUCCAGACAGCCACUGGGGCGAGCGACCGAAGGCCUUCAUCACCGUCAAAGAGGGAAAGCACUUAGAAGGGGCCGAUGUGAUUAACUGGGCUCGUACGGCGAGUGGCAUCAGCAAGUUCAUGGUUCCGCGUGAAGUCGAGGUGGUCCCAGAACUUCCCAAGACCAGCACCGGCAAGAUUCGAAAGAAUGUGUUACGUGAUUGGGUCAAGGGUGCGGACCGAAGUCUUGUCAAUUGA